AUAGUAAUAAUUUAAUAGUUUUGUUUUAUGACUGCACUGCUAUGGUGACAUUCAACAUGUUUCUUUUUUUUGUAAUACUUCUCAAGACUGCAGGGGUUGAUGGUCAAUACUCUGUACCGGCAGUCUACAGUCCUCCAUAUGUUUGUGCAUUGAAGGGCUCAAGUGUAAAAAUAACAUGUACUCUAAGACAUUUUCCUGAUGAUGUGAUCAAAGAAGUCUUCUGGACCAAAACUGCUAUAGAAAUGCCUGGAUUCUGUUUUGGCAGAGCUCGGUGUCACAGUGAGAAUAAAGACACUCACAGCUUCACUUUGACAAAUGUGACAGAAUCUGAUAAACACGUCUACUACUGCAGCGUUGUAACAUGCAAACAUGCAAUAAUGAAAGGGUUUCCUGGAGCUCGACUUGAUGUCACGGACCUCCAGGUGGAGACACAACAGAGAGUGAAAGAGAGAGAUUCAGUCACUCUUACAUGUAAAACCACCUGCAGACUGACUGAAGAAACAACAUUCAUCUGGUCCAGAAACACACAGAUAUUAACUGAACACACAGUGAAUGAGUUUCAUCUGCAGUCAGUCAGUUGUCAUGAUUCAGGACUCUAUAGAUGUGCUAUAAGAGGAUACGAACAUCUGCCCUCUUCCCCUUAUAAUCUAAAUGUAAGAUAUCCUCCAGAGAAAACCUCAGUGUCCAUCAGUUCUUCUGGUGUAAUAGUGGAGGGUGAUUCAGUGACUCUGACCUGCAGCAGUGAAUCAAAUCCACCUGUUCACAUCUACAGCUGGUUUAAGGAUAAUAAAACCUUACCUGUCGGAUAUGGACAGACGUUCAGCAUCACUAACUUUAGCUCCAGUCUCAGUGGAGGGUUUUACUGUGUGGCUCAGAAUAAACAUGGAUCUCAGAGAUCAGAUGCUGUAUCACUCACUGUCAAAGGAAACACUCCAGCUGUGAUUGUGCUCACGGUGGCUGUGGUUCUGGCUGUUAUCAUGACAUCUGUCAUUCUAAUGGUUGCCAUAGUGAUGUUUAUCAGAAGAGAAAAAGUGCCAACAUUAGAGGAGGAAAAUAACCAAGAAAAGAUGGUGGCACCAGAGGCAGCGUACAUGACCCUUGACCCCACAUCCAGAUGUGCUGAUUACGACACACUGCAUGAUACUACGAUUAAAAGCGCUGGUGAUCAAACAAGCAUCUCUGAAGCUCUGGAUCCAACGACAUACAGUAUGAUCACAGGAGACCACAAUAAAGCAAGAAUGUUUGCUCUUUGCUGUCUAAUUACGCUGCUUGUGAAUCCAGGAAUGUGCAGCCACGAAUGGGCAGUACAUUACUUAAACAAAAUGAAAUGUGCCCUUAAGGGCUCAACAACAAUUUUGUUCGGCAGUUUCACAUACCCCGAUGAUCUCACUCUAACUGAGAUAUUCUGGACUGUAAAUCCAGUUCGAGAAGUGGAGACGCCUGAUCUGUCUAAAGAAGCAGAAUAUAAAGGCAGAGUUAAAUACAUUCGGAGUGACGACCAAACCUUCUUUCUCAAACUAUGUAAUGCGACAUCUGAAGAUGAGAAAAUGUACUGCAUCAGAAUCGUGACGGAUGAAGAAACAGGAAAAUAUCUGGGCUAUCCUGGAAUUGAGCUCAAAGUGACAGAACUCAAUGUGGAGGUUCCUGAAGAGGUCAUAGAGGGAAAUUCAGCAGUUUUGUUUUGUAAAACCACCUGCAACUUUGCAGACAGCACAAAAUAUAGCUGGUACAAAAACAAAAUCCCUUUGUCAGAAUCAUUCAGUAGAAAAGAACUGUUUCUGCGGCCGGUCAGCAGUGAUGAUGCAGGAGAAUACAGCUGUGCACUUAGAGAACAUAAAGAUCUGCCUUCCCCUGCUGUCACGCUCAAUGUCAGAUAUCCACCAAAGAACACCUCAGCGUCCAUCAGUUCUUCUGGUGUAAUAGUGGAGGGUGAUUCAGUGACUCUGACCUGCAGCAGUGAAUCAAAUCCACCUGUUCACAUCUACAGCUGGUUUAAAGAGACUCAAACAUCAUCUGUUGGAUCUGGACAGACGUACAGCAUCACUAACAUUAAUUCACGUCUCAGUGGAGGGUUUUACUGUGUGGCUCAGAAUAAACAUGGAUCUCAGAGAUCAGCUGCUGUGUCUGUUAUAUUUGCAGAUGGACGGAGUAAAGUUUUGCACAUAACUGCAGGAAUCGUAACUGCUCUUUUCUGCAUCUGCGCUGUUAUUGUGCUAAUAAGAAUCGUAAGGAGAAAAACAGCGGUUUCUGGAGUCAGUGACAUGUCAAAACAGGGUAACAUCAGCGCGGCAGCGACAGAUCAGAUACCUGCGCAUCCCACCGCAUCACCUUCAAAGCAAGUCAAUCAGAAUGAUUUGUACGCCAUCAUUGCUCAUCACAGACCCAGCGCAUCCAACAGAGAUCAAACUGCUGGAAAUGAUGAAGAGGUUCAGUACGCCAGUGUCCAUCACUACAAAAACACAAAGAACAAUAAGGAAGAAGCUGAAUCUCAAUAUGGAAAUGUUAGCAAUCACUAUCCUGCUAUUUCAUCCAGAUCUAACGCUGGACUGGUGGAAGACUCCUCGGUCAUCUACAGUAGCAUUAAAGUCACGUAAACAUCAUCCGAGUGAAUUAAACCAAACUCCAUUGUGGAACUUUUAAACUCAAUAAAACCAAGUAGCUUUGUAAUAAAUGAUCAUCUUCCAAGUAUAAACCCUUACAAGCCUUAGCCUAAUGUUUUGCACAUGCCAAGGACAACAUAAUGAUGUGCAGUUUUACUUGACCACCAGCAGAGGGUGGCAGCGCAAGACACACGUUCACUCUUAUCACAUCUAGGCUAGCUGAGACUUUCAGGCACAUCCCAUCAUCACGAGACUUCAUAGAAAAGAACUAGAGAGAUUUUUGCACUCAUUUAUUACACGAGAAUUAUAAAUGAAACAUAAACUGCAAUGAAUGAAGUCGUAGGCCAUUUCUUUAAAAAAUGUCAAAUGAAGUAAAUUGGUUUCAUGGCUGCAUUCCAUAAUAAAAUCACAAAUGUUUACUUCACAACUAUUGUAAAACACUUGAUAUUUUCUUGAUAUCUCACACUUGCAGUAUACACGUUGGAUACAUAUGAUGCUGGCGACAGAAUGAUGUUUGAGGAGUGGGCGGCGCUACUGUUUUAGACACGCCCCUUGCACACUAUGAGGUCGUUAAUUUUUUUAAUCAUUGUGUACUGUGCAGAUCCUGUACAUUUAUUUGUGUUUGAGAAGACCGAUAAAGUUUAUAAAAUGUAUUCUAGACAUUCUUUGCACUGUAUAUUUGUAAAUUUCAAUGUGUUGGAUGGAUCACACCAUUACGAGUCAAAGCCUCAGAAUGGUGGUACUGUCGCUUUAAGAGCUGAUGGGGAACCUGUGACUUUUGCUCACAUUUAGAUCACAGAAAGACUUCAAAGUUUCACCUUUGGGCUUUAAAGGAAACAUACUGCACAUAUGAAAAGCGAGAAGACACAUUAAACAAUAGAAGACAAGUGACAACCAAUACACAAUGAGUCUGUUAUAAUAGGAACCGCAACAGUAAAUCGAUUAUACGUCUUAGAAAAUCUGAUCUGUUACGAUUGCUUUCAUUACAUUACACCUGUUGUCAGGUUAGUAAUGUUAGUCAUACAUUAUUUAUUGUCGUGUGUAGUCUGACAAAAUACAUGUUCUGUCAAGAUUGUGAAUACUUUCAUGUCUUUUUGCUGUCACUUCCUGUGCCCCCCUUU